AUUUUCACAAAACCAGGAAAACCAACUUAGUAUAUAAAACCGACAUCGCUGGCCUGUAUUUUCCUCCUGCCGUCAGAGAAGUCACCAUGGCACUACUGAUAAAUCAGUGGAUAUGUUUGGUUGUUCUAUCACUGACAGUGACCACGAGCCAUGCGUUGAGAAGGAUUGCCCUGAAAAAGAUGCCAUCCAUCAGAGAGACUCUGCAGGAGCUGGGGGUUUCUGUAGAGGAGGUGAUGACUGAGCUGGCCCAGAAAAGCACAGCUGACACCAACAACGGAACUGUUCCCACACCGCUAACCAACUACUUGGAUACGCAGUACUUUGGAGAAAUCAGUAUUGGAUCUCCUGCCCAGACGUUUAAUGUGGUGUUUGACACAGGCUCAGCCAACCUGUGGGUGCCCUCACAAAGCUGCUCACCAUUUUCCACUGCCUGCUUUACUCACAACAGGUAUGAUUCCUCCAAAUCCCGGACUUACAUUGCAAAUGGAACAGGAUUUUCCAUCCAAUAUGCCUCUGGAAAUGUCAGGGGAUUCCUGAGUGAGGAUGUGGUUGUGGUUGGUGGUAUCCCAGUAGUGCAAGUGUUUGCUGAAGCCACGUUUCUGUCUGCCAUGCCCUUCAUCUUUGCCAAGUUCGAUGGGGUGUUGGGGAUGGGGUACCCCAUCGUGGCCAUUGAUGGCAUCACCCCUGUGUUCGAUCGCAUCAUGUCUCAACAGGUCCUCAAAGAAGACGUAUUCUCCAUCUACUACAGCAGGGGCCCAAAACACUCCCUAGGUGGAGAACUUGUCCUUGGUGGAACAGAUCCAAACUACUACACUGGAAAUUUUCAUUAUAUGGACACCACACAGACAGGAAAAUGGGAAGUCACCAUGAAAGGUGUGUCUGUGGGGAGGGAGAUGAUGUUUUGCACAGAGGGCUGCACAGCUGUGAUCGACACAGGGUCCUCCUACAUCACAGGCCCGGCCUCAUCUGUGUCUGUGCUGAUGAAAACCAUCGGAGCACAGCUGGAUGAGAGUGGAUACAAAGUCAACUGUGAUACGGUGAAGACGUUGCCCAGUGUCACUUUCCACCUUGGUGGCCAGGAGUACGCACUCACACAGGACGAUUAUAUAUUAUGGCACUCACAGAUCGAAGGGGACGUCUGCAUUGUCACCUUCAGAGGCUUGGAUGUGCCGCCGCCUACAGGUCCCGUAUGGAUUUUGGGAGCCAACUUCAUUGCACGCUACUACACAGAGUUUGACCGUCGCAAUAAUCGGAUAGGGUUUGCCACAGCAGUCUGACAGUUAAAUAUCCACAAUGUUGCUGUUUUUCUCCUUCACUGUUUUUGCUGCCUUCCCUCGAUGUGUUUGAUUUCUUAUUGCAGUUCUCCCCUGGUCGUUUUUUAUGAUAACACAUGACCUGAAUAAGUCAUAUUAUGGAAAUUAUAAGGGAUGCAUAUUAAGAAAUGCCAUCCUCACAUUUCUUGCAUGCAUGUCUUCCUAUUGUAUAUUUGGAGCCAGUUGUA